AUGACCAGUCUCCUCUCCUACCUACCCCCUUUCGAGGGUCUUCUGCCCAAAUGGCUCGUCUUGGUCUCCGUGGUCUCUGCGAUCAACAGCCUCCAAUCCUACCGUUCAGACAACUACGCCGCACAGCUCUACAAUGCCAGAACCGCUGAUGGCCGCUCGUUCGCAACCCCUCUGUCCUCCCGCACUUUUGGCACCUGGACCUUCCUUUCGGCCGUCGUCCGGAUGUACGCGGCCUAUAAUAUCACCACUCCCGCUGUAUACGACCUUGCAAUCUGGAGCUUUGGCCUUGCCCUUGUCCACUUUGUCGGCGAGUGGUUGGCUUUCGGUAGUGCGCAGCUUAAGGGGCGGUUUGUGAGCCCGUUGAUUGUUGCGUCGUUGACGUUGACCUGGAUGUUGACGCAGAGGGAAGCUUAUCUCUCUGCGUAG